AUGUGUCACGAAAUCGUUUCUAUAGAUUCAAAAUUUAAAAGAUUUAAUGUUAACGACGAAUUUAUUCACGAAAUUACGAAUAGUUUCUCAAAUUUACAUUUGAUAAUAUCAGAAAACGGUCGAAUUCCGAAGCAAAUUGGUCGUGUUAGCAUAAAAAAGCGUGAUGUUAUAAAAUAUUGCGGUAAAGAACGAUGGUUUCAUGUAACUAAUUCAACAAAACAAAAUGAUAUUUCUGGCCAAAUUUGUAUUGAUAUGUUUUAUGAUCAUCAAAAAUCAUCGAUUUCAAUAAAAGUAAUUGAUUAUUUGGGUAUUAACGUGCGUGAUUCGGUUGAACUUUAUUUAUUAGUAACCGUUCAAGGAUGUGGUAAAACUGAAUCAAAAAAAUUACGGAUAACACCCGAAAAGGGUAAUGAAGAAACGAUACUAAUAGAAUGCGAAAAUUUUAUUCGAGAUGACGAACAACGACCACAAGUCACGCUGGCAUUAUGGCAUGAUGUUUUUGGUGGGUUUAGUAGUUUCUUUCAUGGACAAGUUCGAAUAUUUCUUGAUGAGAACACAUUAAGGACGAAAGAGGAGCACUCUGGACCACAAUGGUACUAUUUGAAGCCACGAAUGUCUGUUGAUGAGAACGAAGAAUCAACUAGUGAGAAUACAGAUUCAUCACGUCUUGGAGAGAUUCGCCUACGGUUAUUGUAUAUGGCUGAUCAUAUACUUCCUCUUCAAUUGUAUAAACCACUUCAACUUAAUUUAUUAAAAUCUCUUAAUAUUAAUCCGUUUUUAUUGCAGAUAGAUAUUGCAAGUAUUGCACGACCAUUAAUGAAAAUAUUUUUCAAAUCCGAUUCCAUACGUCCAUUAUUAAGGAUUUUAUGUUCGCAUGAUAUUAUAAAAUGCCAAGAUAUAAACACAUUAUUUCGAAGCCAAUCGCUAGCAAGCAAAAUAAUCUAUGAACAAAUGAAAUUUCUUGGACAUCAUUAUCUUCUUAUAUCUCUUAAACCUGUUAUCGACAUGGUAUAUAAUGAACACAAAAAUUGUGAAGUGGACCCAUCAAAAUUAAAAUCUGACGAUUGCCUGGAAUCAAAUAAAUGGAAUUUGAUAACAUAUGGCGAAAUAGCAUUCUCACGAAUCGUUGAUUCAUAUUAUCGAUGCCCCGUUUCAUUGAGGGAAAUGUUUUUUGAUUUACGAGAAGUGGUCCUUGUGCAUUAUCCUGGACGAGAAGAUGUGCAACGAUUGGCAUUAAGUUCAUUUAUUGUUAUGCGAUUUUUUGCUGCGGCCAUUAUGAAUCCAAAAUUAUUUGGUAUAAAACGUGAACAACCGGAUCCAAUAGUAAGUCGUACUCUUGUUUUGGUAUCAAAAAUUUUACAAAGGUUAUCAAAUUGCGUCGUUUCAUCAGUUUCUCUUUCGGUUAAAGAACCAUGGCUGGACUCAGUCUUACAAAGGUUUACGGAUGAAACGCAUCGUUUAGCUAUGAUGAAAUUUUUGGAUCGUAUUUCCCUAAGCGAUUGCGAUUUUUCAGUAAGCGGAGAGAAUUUAUCAAUAUUACGCGAUGGUUAUUUUAUUGAACGAAAAACUCGAGAACGAAAGAAAAUUUUAAAUAAAUUGAUUAAUCAAAAACGUCGUUACGUUAUUUUGACUGAAACGGAAAUUUACUGGCAGAAUUCGAAGGCUGAUGAUGAACCUAAAGGACGAAUACAGUUACAAGAAGUCAAUCUUAUUGAACCUGUAAAAGAUGAGAAAAAUGUUUUUAGAAUAAGUUCGCCGAAUUGUGAAAUACAACUUCAAGCACCAAGUACAGUCGAAAUGAACGAGUGGAUAGUACAAAUACAAAAACAGCGUAAGCGACAAUUAAUGAUAGCGUUACGUGGUAACGAAUCAAGCGAAUUGCUAGAGAUUGAUACGGAACGUGAACUUGAAACAUUACAUAUGACACUUUACGAACAUGCAGAAACUCUUAAACACUGGAAGAAUGCCUUAGAAGGAACUGCAAUUCCGGAAGGUCAUCCACCUCUACCAAAUAAUGUUUUAGAACAGUUGAAUAAUAGUUCAAAUCCAGAAGAAGCAAAGCAAAAAUUUCAUACGACAAUUCAUGAUAUUCUUCAUGGAACCUUAUUAAUUGAGAAGGCUCACCAUGAUAUUGUUGCCAAUUUUAUGAAUCAGGUUCGUAAUGGUAAAAGUUUACGAGAAUUACCUAUUGGCGAUGAUAAUUAUUUGUUACUGAAAUCCAGAUUUCAAAGGAUACCAACUCAAGUUUCGUAA